AUGACAAGAGGCUCAACCAUUUGUCUCUCUCAUGACAACUUUGAAAAACCAUAUUAUAACCGGGAGAAUGGAGGUAAGAGACCGGGGGACGCAGACCAACCCGAUGGACAGGUAUCACAAAACCUGGACACUAAGGUCUCUGACGCCAUUAACCUAGCUACAGAUCGUCAGAGAUGGGAACAGCCAUGCAAUCUGCCACUACGGGAACGGGAACAUGACGACACUUAG